UUUCUCUUAUAAAUUUAUCACUCUUCCACAAAGCCACCCUCUUAUCAGCUUUUCUUUCUCCCCUUCUUUCUCUCUAUUACUCAGUAAUUUGGAAUCCAUUUCCAUGGACUCUUUCUACAGCUCCCCCGUUACCGAACCUACGGCUUCUAAAGCUGCCGGCGAGUGCAGCGAGGAGAGUGGCUGGACCUCUUACUUCCAAGAUUUCUCCAACCAAGUUGAUGAUGAUGAUGAUUAUCUUGAUAAUCAUCAUCAUCAUCAAGAAGAAAACAGUUUGGCUGCCACAUCUUCUAUGGUUUCUGAUGCGGCUUCUCAUGCUGCAUGGAGAUCGGUCUCUCAUCGCAGCCAUGUCGCCGAGGGCUCUUCCCUCGGGGAAUAUCCCAAGACUGCCUUUAAACUGAGUUUCAACAGAACAAGAACCAAACAUAUCUCUGGUUGUCAUGAUGAUGCUUUGGAAGACACUGCUAGUUCACCUCUUAAUAGUCCCAAGAUUGGUGAUCUGAGACCCGUUGGUCAUCAUAUGAAUCCCAGAAAAACAAACGAUCAUCAUAUGGAUAUUUCUCUGGGAAAACGAGGUACAUCAGAGUACUAUUCAGAAGUGAUGAGUGAAGAAGAAAGAAAGAUGAUGGGCAGAAAUGGGAAAAAUGAGUGCAUAGACUUAAAGAAAAGAGGGUUGUGUUUGGUUCCUUUGUCAAUGUUAGUGAAAUAUCUAGGUUAAUUUUCCAAGUUUCUCCUUCAACCUUCUCUCUCUUGUGUUCCAUUCCCUUGUAACCCACCAUAUAAUGCAAUGUACAUAAGAAAGUUAAACAUGUCAAUUUAAUUUUUAUUAAUUAGCUAUACAUAGAUAUACAGAAUGUAAUUCAAACAGGGAUAUCCUCGGUUUUACACUUUAGUUAACUAAGUAAACUUGAUAAUUUAAAACCGUUGAUUAUAUGUUUUUGAUAUGACAUGUUAUUAGAUUAUAUAUAA